CAUAUCGUGCUUUAAUACCUGCAUUUAACACACACAAAAACCAUGGUCAAGCUUUCAAUUUUCGCCGUUCUUGCUACCUACACAGCCUUUGUCGUCGCCAGCGACGACUCGCAGUCUAACUCUGUCUGCAAGUGCGUUGACCCAACGUCUGGUGAUCUUCUCGACGCAGUCCACAAACAAUGCUGCGCUGGCACUGACGUCGCUCCAGAUGAUAACGAGUGCGUAUACACACCAGCAACUCUUUGGUUUAGCGGACAAACAUAUAAAGCCUGUUGCGUAGCUUUAGGCGGAGAAACGGACUGCCACGAUAACGAUAAAUAGGAACUUGAUAUAUACCGUGUUUAAAAU